AUGGACGAAAUAUUUGAGCGUCAGACUCAGGUCCAGAUAGUCUCGGAAGCACAGGAUCUAUUGGCGCAAGCCAAGAAGACAGCCAUGGACCUAAUGUUCCUGGCUGACAAAGCGGAACAGGAGGCGAGCAAGGAAGCCAGUAAGCUGCAGGACAUGCAGAGGGCGCCUUCUCACUCAGAGGAGGCUACGUUCGACAGCCGAGUCGGACAGCGUCGGGUGUGGAUGACCAAGAACGAGGUGGCUUUGCAGAGCCGGCUGAGGUAUCAGGAGGCCGUGGAGGCCCUACACCGAGUUCAGGCAGAGUGGGGGCCAGCUCUCGGUCUCGAGGUUUCAUGGUCGAAGUCGAGCUGUACAUCAUCGAGAGAGGGGCGUUUUGGGAUGAAGAAAGAUGGAGCACCGCCGGAGGAUUACGCACCAAUCGGUAGCGGGGCUGUGGCAGGGGGGGUGACUGGCGUCCGAGAUGAGGAAAUGAAUGUCAUGAACAAGUAUAUGGAGCGCGGUGUCUAUGGCGGUGCCCCGCGCUACCGAAACCCGAACAAUAUCUUCCUGUUCCGGCACACGCUGCGCCGCUCGGAGGAGCUCGGGAUAACCCGCCAAACAUGUCUUCCGGAGAGCGAGCUACUCGGCGAGGAAGUCGAGUCCGCGGCGACGACGGCGGCGCUGUCGCUAGGGCGGGAGGUCUCCGGGGAAAUCGGGAUGGACUUCUCGCGCCUGGUGAAGACGAGCUUGCAGUCCAUCAACAUUGAUCGCCAGGCAAGCGAAUGGAGAACAAGGAGAUAG